AUGGGCGCCUGCGAAUCUUGCGAAGUCGACCAACACCACCACGGCCACCACCACGGCACGGACACCACCACGGCGGCCACCAUCACGCGAUUGUGCACCACGGACACCACGGCCACCAUGAUCACCACGGACACCAUGGCCACCAUUUCGACCAUGGCCACCACCAUGACCACGGUCACCACCACCACGGCCAUCAUCACCACUAAGAAGCCCAGCCUCUCCACAAUGCCGAUCGGACAAUCGAUAGAAUUUCGCAUAGCAGAAUGA